CUGAAAAUAUCAGUCAUCAUCACAUUCACACGCACUCCGCUAGCCUUUCACCUCUCAAAAUUUCACAGUUUCACAUCGUCGGAGCAAAAUUACAGUGCGUAGAAAUGGAGUUCCGGCCCGUCUUCCUCAUCCUCAUCUUGCUCAGUCUACUUUCUUUCUCUACGCCGGCUUUUGCGAGAGACCCAUCUUUGCUGGUAAAGCCCCCGUUUAAAGUCUCGACGCCGUUCUCAGUUGCCCUCGACAAUCUCCAGAAGCAGAUCAACUAUACAUUUAAGAGUGUAGGACUACUGAGGCGUGCAAUGACACAUGCCUCCUUCUCGGAGGAGAACAAUAAAGCUCUAAGCAUAUUGGGCGCAAGUGUUAUCGAGACCUCAGUCUCAUUGCAGGCUUUUAUCAAGAAUGUGGAUAUAUCGGCCAAGGAUUUGAACCGUGUGAUUGCUGACGUGUCGAAGGUGGAGAGUUCCUGCAAUGCUGAUGGGACGCAUUUGGGGUUGCAGAAUGUAGUGAGGGUGUCCCGGAAAACGAAUGUCACGUCCCCUGCAGUUGUGUGUGGUGCAUUUCGUGCAGUUUUUGGUGCGAUUGCGAUUGAUGCCUUGAGUUCGGAUGAAGCUGGACUGGUGUACGGGAAAGUUCAUCGUGGGUUUGGGAAAGCUAUGGAAAUUUAGGUAAGUAUUGUGAAUAUUAGUACGUUUUUUUGUGUUAAUUUGGCUAAACAGUGAGUAGAUGAAUUGGUACUUUCACUUGUGACAUUGUGCCUUGUGCUUAUUGCAAUUCUUUUGGAUUUGAUGUAUGUUUGUUUUUGUGAGUGUUUUGGUUUGGUUUCUUAUUUGUAGCUUUCCUGGUAAACUUGAGAAUGGAAGUUUUUCUGUGGGUCGAUUUGUUUUGGAUUUAUAUAAUAUGAUAUGAUCAAGACAAACAUUGGUCCUAUGGGCUGCAUGUUGAAAUAUAUAUAUUUAAGAAAAUAUUUUAUAUUGGGUUUGUAUUUAUCAUGAGAAAUAUUGAAUGAUGUAUCGAUUUCAUUACGAUGUCCCUUCUUGAUGAUAUGAAUCUUGACAAGUGGACUUAUCUUUGUGGACCGUAAUAGAACAAUUUGAAAUUUGCAAACCUCGAUAUUAUUUUGCGAAGUGGAAUAUGCCAAGUUUUUUGUUGGUCUGUUAUUUUCCAGAGUGAGAUGUAUAUUGUCAAACAUGCUUUUGGUAAGAUAUGAUAUCCUUUCUGGGGAUUAUUAUGAAAAAUCUCCUCUUACAUCUUUAUUAUUCAUUUCUCUCCAUUUAAUUAGCUAAACCAAAUAUUUAAUCAUCAUAUAUUGAAAUCAAAAGCUUUGCUCGGUUGUUACCUGAAUUGUUUUCUUCACUUUGAUUGCGUUUUAACCCAUUUUUAUACUCUCUCAAU